AUGCGUUUCAACCUAGUUGUUCCCUUUGCCUGCAUGUCUUUGGCGGCAGCGAUGCCCGCAAAGCAUGAACCUGUUGACGAGCGUGCUCUUGAUAAUAUCCUCGGUGAUCUUGAGGCUCAAGACGAGACUCUGGAAACCCUCGUCAAGCGCAUCGAUGCAAAGAUUUAUCGCGACGACAUUCCUGAUUGCAACAAGGAAGACCCUAGCUUCAUGAUUCCCAAGCAAACUGGCUAUGGUGUUGAUCAAGGCGUGAAUCUCCCCAAGAGCGGAAAAGAUGACGCCUGUACUACAGGUCACAACGAUGAUCAUUACUGGACUGGGUACUGCAACGGUAUUGAUUACAAGAUCCUAGAUGGAGCCUUGGAAUUUGCUAUUCCAAACACUGAGGCAAAGGUCAGUUUGGGAUCGAGUAUCAACUAUCAAUACACAGACGUGGAUGGUACUACAACCAUGAUUUGCACCACUGAUUCGACGACCAACACCUGCCAGUGGGAGGAUCAGAACUGCCACCAGGUCUGGUUUGCCGAUCGUACAAAGCGAAUUUGGGGCCACAUGGAUCGAGUUUGUGUUGGAAAGACUGACGUUGAGGCUCAGCAGCAAACCCUCAACUCCAAUGGACGCUAUGUUCGCGGCCAGGCCGAGUUCAGCAUUGCCAUUCCUGUCAACCAUAUUGUUGGCUGCAACGCCAAAUGCUCCGACCUGACGUACAGUGAGCCUAUUCCGUCAGACGGAACUGUCCGCGUACCUUUCGAUAUCACCUUUGAUUAG